AUGAAAAUACCCAAGUUGGACGCGACCGUUCUUCCCGAUGGAUCUCUCGAGCCAACCGAAGAGAAUGCAUGGUACGUCGAUAGUCUAGAAGUCGAAAAGGAAGUCUACCGACGACUACAUGGCGUCAAAGGCUUUGCAAACUGCCUGAACAUCUCGAAGAAUGGACUGGAGCUCGAACACUACCGAAAAGGCGAUUUGGAAGACUUCAUCAGGAACAAUUCUCCUCCGACGUGGACCCAAAAAUUGGCUUGGAUCUUGCAACUUGUCGACUUUGUGGCUGCGUGUCAUGAGAGGAAGGUGCUAUGGUUCGAUAUAGCACCGCGCAACAUCAUGCUUGCAGACCACAUGACAACCAGAGCCAUCGACUUUGCAAACACGAAAGUGGAGGUAUUGCAUGCCACCGAUGUGAUCUAUUCCAUCUCUCGCUGGAGCAAGUUCCAGACCGACUGUGUGGCGGAAGAGGAGUGGCCGGCGAUGGAUACUUUUCCAGCGACACAUGAUCCUGAACUUGGUCAGAUUAUCAGCAAGGCUUGGGGACACGAGUACAGUAAUGUACUGAGAUUGCGUGACGCGAUACGCAGUUUGAAAGAUGGAGGAAAUAAGAAUGACAGCACUGAAGGUGCCAAGACUACAGAGUGA